CCAUUGACCCAGUUUAUAUAUCCUGUCACUUACAUCUUAUACAUUGCAGUAUUUAAUUGAAAAUAAUUUAAAGAAUCAUAAUAAUUGACAUGAACACUUUACAUGAAUGCUUAUUGUGGUAUAUCCAAAAACAUAAAAUAUCAACUUAUUAAGGGAACAGUAUCACAAUGAAUUUCCCACAGUCAAUAUAAGGUGAUUACUCAACGAGCAAGCUUCCUACGUUAACUGAACCACAACCACACCUCAACAUGAAUCUUGUGAAAGUACAGCAAAGAGAAAGUGAGGAGCAUGUUAGAGCUACAUGCACAGACAUACGUACAAUCAAAUUGCCAGCAUAGUGUGUAUAACUAACUCGCCGGUUGACUAUUGAGCCAGCAUAAAAAACUUUCUUUAACCCACUUUCUUAUUAGUAGUAGUUUGCGAUCAUCUUUCGCCUCUCGACGUUUAACGUUUUAGUGUAGUUGCGUGUGUGGCGGUCGAAAGUGGUAUGUGCCCUACCAUCUGGUUCCCUGUGGUCCCGUAGUGGCGCGCGGUGGUGGUACCGUCGUGGGGAUAUUCGUGGUGACCGAAUGACGAAAGUGUGACAGUGCUUUUUUAAUCUUAUUUUCUCCCGCUUCGUCGCGAAGUGGAGGGUGCAAUGUGCGACAUGCAGAAGAUGCCCACAAGAGAGAAGGAUGCCCCUUGUGAAGAAGACUCGGAGAUGAAUUUUACUGCUUUCUCAGCGGUGGGGGGAGCAGGCACACAUUUCAUAACAACAGGAGGCCAGCUGCCGGUUGCCAAACUACAACAGAACAUAUCCAACAAUGGUGGCACAAUGUCACAGGUUGUGGGUGUCAUGGGAGGUGUCAGUUUACCAGACGGCAUGCAGUAUGUCCGCACCCUGGAUGGUGGUGCAACGCUGCAGACACCACAACUCAUAACAGUACCUAUAGCAUUGCCUGGUGCUAAACCAGGUGACCCGCAGCCAACCGUACAAAUUCAAGUCCUGAGCCCAAAUUUAACGCUACAAGCCCAGCAGCAACCUAAAUAUCAGAUGCAAAUACCUAUACAAGGAUAUCAACAAGGUGGUGCAGUACUUACUCUGGCAUAUUCACCUGAAAACAAUGAACCUAACGGUAUACAGCUGGUUGGGAAUGCUAUGCCUGAUGGUACAAUAAGGAUUCGACCAGGUGUCCAGGUGCUAACAGCCAUGCCGCAGGAAAUCAAUAUGGACUCAAAAGAGCAGAUUCAACAAAAUGUGCAGCAGGUAUUUGUGACUCAGAAUAAUGAGAUAGUGUUGGGGUCAGAGCAGCGCGCCCUCAACAACAACACUCGCGGCGACAACAACAACGACUUUGAAGUGCACAUCAAAGAGGAGCGCAUUGAGAAGCCUAAUGAUGAUGAGAGCUCUCAAGGCGCUGAGGGCAGUGAGGGCGUGUCUUGGCGAGUGCUGGACAACACUGAGCUCAUCAAAUACCUCAACUCACUGCCGCCGCAGGAAGCGGAGGCGUUGCCGUCGUCACUGCAGCAGUACCUGAGACUGAACGUGAAGAGGGACUGGCCUGAGGAUGGCAGCGCCACCUCGGAGGAGAAACAAGUACUAGAUGCAGAUGGUGUACUGCGAGUGAAAAAGAAGAAGAAAUACAAGAAGAAGCCGCCGAAGCCCGCGCGGCCGAAGCCAGGACAGGUGGUGAUAGCAAAGGCGUCUGAUGGCACCGCAGUAUACUGCUGCCCAGAGUGUCAGAUGGCAUACCCAGCCAAGGAACAGCUUGAGAUGCAUCUUAUCGUUCACAAGAUUGAACGACGUUUUAUAUGUGGUAUCUGCGGCGCGGGACUGAAGCGCAAGGAGCACCUGGAGCGGCACAAGCUGGGCCACAAUCCGGAGCGACCAUACCAGUGCAAGGUGUGCAACAAGGGGUUCAAGCGACGUGAACAUCUCAACUUGCACGCAGUCAUACACUCCGGCAUCAAGACUGAGCACUGCGCAGAAUGUGGCAAAGGUUUCUAUAGGAAAGAUCAUUUGCGGAAGCAUGCGCGGUCACACGAGAGCAGACGUGCACGAGACGGACAUGCAGCUGAAGAUAAACCCGCAAUACUCGCCCAGUCUGCAUCACAUGAUGACAACAUGCCCGGCAUCACCAUACACGUACCGACGAGUUCGAAUUCACAGAUGCCAAUACAGAUCAGUAUACCGCAGCAUGUGGUCUCCUCGCUGCAGGCACAAAACGCGCCCAUUGACGCCCACAGUCAGCUUGAUGCGCUGCUCGCUGACAACUCGUGACCUCUCUGCCCACCCCACAUUGACACACAAGUGUGUCAAGAUAAGUGACAACCAUCAUUAGUGACACUAUAUUAUAAAAUUACUGCUCCUUGUUCAUAUCAAAAAAACUGUCUUAAUAUCCUUGUCAGAUGUCUUGUGUGUAAUUUUUUUGUAUUACUAGGUUGUACUUUAUUUUCUGACAGAAUUAACUGCGAUAACAACGCCUCUCACCGGGCCAGAUACAGCCGGGUAUUUUUUUUACAUGGCAAUAAUGUGACAAUAAAAAAUGAAAUUAACAACACUAAAAUAAUCAAAGCGGUAAAAAUAGACAUUCGAAAUAUGAUCUUUGGCAGCAAUAGAACAAUAAAAAAAACAUGUAAAU